CGGAAAAUUUCAAGAUGGCAGCCUCCAUCGGAUUCAACUUUCUGGGAUCUGUUGAAAAGUUUACAAGUGCUUUGAGAGAAUCUCUGUUGCAAAAGUCCAAUGAGGAGUGCAUUACAGUAUACAAAUCAUACAAUGGAAGUGAAUCAGAGAAGAAAUCAGCUAUGGACCAAGCUUUACGAGAUAUUGUCAGAGAUUUAGUGAUGUCUGACUCAGGAUGUGAUAUUUACAAGAUUAUCUUAGAACAUUCUAUAGAUCUUGCUAAACAAGAUGCCUGUUCACACAACACACCAUUAGUAAUUCUAUCAGACAUAUUUGAUGUUAUAACCAUAGAUCAAUGUCAAGAGGUGUUUAACUUAGUAGAACAAAAACUAAGUGUUUGGAAAUCUAAAUUAUUUUAUGAUACUGGUAAAAACUACCUUCUCAGAAUGUGCAAUGAUAUAUUAAGAAGAUUAUCCAAGUCACAGAACACUGUUUUUUGUGGAAGAAUACAACUGUUCUUGUCCAGAUUAUUCCCAUUGUCAGAAAAGUCUGCUUUAAACUUGAUGAGUAAUUUCAACUUAGAAAAUGUGACUACAUUCAUGGCAAAUGAUGGAAAAUUAAAAAAGGAAAAUGGUGAAGAUAAAAUGGAGGUUGAGGAUGGAGAGACGGAUGAUGGAUGUUCACCAGUUGAUUACAACCUGUACAGAAGAUUUUGGUCCUUACAAGAUAUCUUUAGAAAACCUAAUCAGUGUUAUGAAAAAUUACCAUGGAAACAGUUUGUUGCAAACUCUGAAGCGGUACUGAAAGCUUUUGCUAGUGCUAAACUUGAUGACAACAAAUCUUCCAGAAGAAAACUGGACAAAAGAAGAAUAACUGAAACAAAAAGUUUCUUUGCCAAAUAUUUAACAAGUGAAAAGCUUUUAGAUUUGCAGUUAAAUGACAGUAACUUCAGAAGAUAUGUAUUAGUACAGAUGUUGAUCCUCUUCCAGUAUCUGACUGCUCAAGUUAGAUUUAAGAGUUCCAGCCAAGUUUUAAGUGAAGAUAAUCUAACAUGGACAAAGGCAACACAGGAUAAAGUUUACCAGCUGAUCAGAGAGACUCCUCCUGAUGGGGAUUCAUUUGCUAAGACUGUGGAACAUACCUUAACACGUGAAGAAUUCUGGAAUAAAUGGAAGAAUGAUAGUUGUCCUAGUUUUGAAAAGGAGCCCAUGUCAGAAAAUCCAAAGCAUAAAACAAAAGCAAAGAGACGAUGGGUUGGAGAUGAUUUGCAAGCAAGUGGUGGAAAGUUUGUGAAGAUGGGAAGUGCUGAAUUAACAAGAUUAUGGAACUUGAGUCCAGAUAAUAUGGAUGCCUGUAAAGAUGAGAAAAGAGUCUUUUUACCAUCAUUAGAGGACUACUUCAGCGAUGCAAUAGAUCAAAAUGAUCCUGAGGCCAUGAUAGAGGACCAAUAUAAGUUAAUUAAUGAUCAGAUUUUCCAAUGGAAGUCAUUAAGAUUGUUAGCCAGGAGGAGUCCUCAUUUCUUUACACAUACAAACACUCCUGCUGUACCUCAGCCACAGUAUCUAGAAAUGAUGUUAAAUAGAUUAGCAAAAGAAAUCCAUUCUACCACUGGUUCCCAGUCUAUUCAGGAGAACCAGGUGGAAGUAAAGACAGACAUUGGUGAUGAGGAAGAGGCCAUUAAGGAAUCUCAAGAGGACAAUGAUCUCAGACAAAGUGAAGACCAAGGUAUUGUUGGAAAGGAGGAUGAAAUUAAUGAAGAUGCUUUAACACCCCAGCUCAUGGAAGAGCUAUCAAAACAGGUUGGCAGUAUGUGGAAGAGACUUGGCUUGGAAUUAAACUUCCAGGACGAUGAUAUCUCCUACUUUGAAAAAGAAAAUGAAAGUAUUCAAGAAAGAGCAUUGAAAAUGUUAACAGUUUGGCAGGAAACUGAUCCAGAUCGUGCAACAAUAUCAACAGUAAAAAUGGCCAUGAAAGAGGUUGGGAUGACAGAGGCCAUGGAAGCUGUGUUUGGAAUAUCCUGAUGCAAUGAAGCAAAAUAAAAUACUUUGUGCUAGCAUAAUCCAUAGCCUGCAUAGGAGGAGUUGUGGGGGAAAUGACAUUGUGAAAAGACACCAACAUACAAUAUUGUAAAGAGCGUUGAUCAUUAAGAAAUGUUUAUUUUAACGUAUCAUAAUUUUGAAAAAGGCAGCAAUAAUACAUAUAAUGUAAUAAAAAUGACAUAAAUCAUCAUAUAUAAAAAAUUUCUGAUUUUUUAAUGUAAGAAAAUUGAUUAUGAAUAAAUACUUAAAAGUAAUACAAGUCAUUAAAAUAUGUGAAUUGUCAAAUUGAAUUAAAAGAAUGAGUGAAAUAAUUAAUAUUGUAUUAUAAACUCAUUUCAGUAUUUUUUUAUUUUGAUAUUCUCAAAUGGAU